AUGAGAUCUCUCCUGAUCUUGGUGUCCCUUCUCGGCUUUGUCGUCAUCAGUUUAGCCGAUGAUGAUUCGGGAGAACAUGUAGUUGAUGUGAACAAUUUGGGAAAUGAUUUGACGAAAGAUCUUGGAUCUGAUGUUGAAGACUUUAAGAAAUUCAAUAAAAGAUUCAACAAAAAGAUCAAGCAAAAGGAUUUCAAAAAAGCGGCUAAAGCUUUUAAAGAAAACAAUAGCAAAUUGAAGGCAUUACAAGAAAAAAAUAAAGGAAAGAAAUUCAAACUGAAAAUGAAUCGAUUCAUGGCUCUACCCGAGGAGGAAUUUCAAUCGACGGUUCUGAUCUCUCCGACUUCGAUGAAAUUCAACUCAAAGACUCGCGCUAUUGAUCGAAAGGCAAAAGCGGCGAGACAACAGAAGAGGACGGGAAAGAAACACAAAAGAGAUACCGGAGAGGCUGAAGUGAGUGAAGUUGCUGAGGAAGAAGAGCCAAUUGAAAAUGAAGAGUGGGCUGAGGAAACAAAUACUGAAGAAGAGCCAUAUGAUCCACGAAUUGAUGACAAAUUGCCCGAGAAAUUCGACUGGAGAGAUUAUGGUGUUAUCACACCGGUCAAAGAUCAAUCAACUUGUGGAAGUUGCUGGACUUUCAGCGCCAACGGAGUGCUCGAGGCUCAGCACGCGCGAAAGCACCCGGGCGAGUUGCUCGACUUGUCGGAACAACAAAUUAUGACCUGUGUCUCACCGGAUCGACUGCAUAUUUGCAAAGGAGGAAAAAGCGAGGAUGUUUUCGAAUAUUUCUUGAAUAACAGUUUGGUGACUGAAGCGGAAAACCCGUAUACACCAUCGAAAACGAUCACUCCCCGAGAUGCGGGAUGCAAGAAAAUUAUUUCUCCUAAAGUCAAAGUCGCUUCACACGUCAGUCUCCGCGGGUCAACAGUUGAUGAGAUAAAGGAUGCUUUGAUUCAAGAUGGACCGAUUUCUGUUGGUGUCUAUUUGAAUCCAGAAUUUGAUUACUAUGCUGGUGGUUUAUUCGAUGCUCCUUGCACAGAUCAUGAAGCUGGUGGACAUGCAAUGAUCAUCGUUGGAUACGGAAAAGAAGACGAUGGUACACCGUAUUGGAUCAUCAAGAAUUCUUGGGGCGAAGAUUGGGGAGAAGGCGGCUAUAUUAAGUGGAAAAUGGGCGACAACUUGUGCAGCGUUGAAUCGAAGAGACUCAAUCAAGCGCAAAUCGUU